GGCAAGUGUAUGUAUAUAAAGUAGGACAAGGUGGGCUGGGAUUGUGUUUGCAGUUUGCAGAAGCAGGCGGCGGGGGGGACAAGGCGUGUAUAUCAGGCAGGUAUAAAAGCACUUCGUUGGAACUCCGCUGGAACCUGGCAGAGGGUGGGUGGGUGAGUGGGUGAGUGGGUGGGUGCGGAUAUGUGGCUUCGGGAGUUGCGCUUGUUACGGAAAGGGCGGUGGGAGCUCCGGUUGUUCUGUUCUGUUCUGUUCUGUUCCUCUCUGCUCUCGUCUCUGGGCACGGACGGCCUGUGGGCUGUGGGUUCGGAUUGGAGGAUAGCAGUAUGGACCACGGACUGCCCGGCUGGACGGGGCGGAUGCGAAUCAAUUGAGGUAUGUACGGUGCUCCAGGGUAGGUACAGGUGGUGUGGUAUGGUAUGGCAGGUAUGGUAUGGUGAAGAGGGGAUGGGAGGGGGAGAAGGAUCAGCGAGUGGUCGGUAUGACUACGACGAUGGGAUAUGAUUGAACGACGCGAUGCAGCAGUGAUGAAGAUGUGAUUGUGUAGCUACAUGAGUGGACGGGCGCGGGGGGUUUCGG